AUGAUAAAAACUUUUCUAAUAAAUUUUUGGAGCAGAUUCAGCUAUUUGUUGUAUGUUAUUUACCAAUUUCUGGUAAAAUUGCUGUUUUGUAAAGAAGAGACACCUUGCUCAAUUUUGCGAGUUACUGAAAGCGAUAAAUAUUCGGCAAUUAAGCGGGCAUACAGAAAGCAAUUGUUCCGCUACAAAUCAACAAUAGACAAAAAUAAUAGUGACAUGACACGAAAGAUACUCGAAGCUUACGAGGUCCUCAAAAGAAAGGAAAGUAUUUAUGUGGACGACAGCUAUUUUGACGAGGACUUCUACAAAAGGACUGGAGAAUGUCUUUCCAAUCUGGAAGCGAACAGAAUUAUUGUUGAUGAAAAUAACAUAAGAGAAAUUUACGGCAGGUUCUGCAGGAAAUACAAGCAACUCGUCCAAUACUUGAAACGGAAAGAAAUGGCAAUACUGAUGCCCAAAACACAUUACGUCAAAACAGAAUAUAAAGUGGCAAAAAAGCCGAAAACUAAGAAAGAAAAAGCGUACAAAUGCACGAUAUGUAAAAAGGAAUACCAGCAAAAGACAAAAUAUGUUGAACAUAUGAAUGGAAACAAACAUAGGAACAUGUGCAAGGAGAUGGGAUUAGAGGUAGACGUAGCUACUGAAGCACGUUCACAGAUAAAUAAUGAACGCAAAAAAAGAAGGAAACCGAAGAAAGACCACGACGAAGAAGUUUCUAAAGUUGAAAAACGUGAGGUGAAUAGCAUGGCUGGUACGAGCACUUUUGUUGAGCCGCAUCACUUUUUAUUUUGCUCGUUUUGUGAAAAGAGAUUCCCGAGCAGAAAGGAGUUAACCCAGCAUCUCCAAAAACAUUAA